AUGAACCCCAUCUUCCCCCCUGCGCGGCCCUCAUCUCCGUCGAUCAAGACGAGUGGAGCCCCGGCCGGAUUCUGGACCGAGGAUUUGUGCUCGGAUAAGCUACACUCAAAGUCUCCGAUAGAAUCCGAGAAAAAGAAAGGAUCAAAAUCCAAGGCUAAGGAGAAGAGAGCCAAACUGUGCGCCGAGACCUCAUCAAGCCGAGACAAAGCUUGCAAGAAAGGACAGCCUACGAGGCUGGAACACUCGGGGAGCACUGACAAGGUCAAAUUCAUGCCUGGUUGGAACGCGGACAGAGCCGAAUUUGAAGCCAAGUUGGCCUAUGAUGUAUACUGGGGCGAGGCGACGAGAGAAUUCAACCGCCGACUGGUCGUAUACACAGGCCGUCUCAGACUACGGGCAUCCGCUGAGGCUAUGGCAUCUGACUUAGCUUUUGUGCCUAGCAGCGAGCUUUCCCUCCAAAGUCUCAUGGAAAACCCCGUUGACUCGGGAGAUAGACGAGGCCACAGUGGCACAGAUUCGUCUGCACCAGCAAAUAUGAUGUUUGGGAUGGUGCCUGAUGUCGGAGCGCCUGUUACCUUGUUCCUGAACGCCGACUAUCGCGAGCGUGUUCCCCCAAAGGAUACUCUCACCAUCAAGCAGAUCACACGUAUAACUCGUGGUAUCGCCUUCGGUUUCCGUCAUAGUAAGCAAAAAACUUCCAAUUGUCGCAUCUCUAUUGGGCAAGAGAUUGAAGCAGACCGCAAGCGGAAGACCAAAGACGAAGACAAGAUUGCCUCCCUCCAAGCAUCCAUCACUGAGAAGUGCGAUCGUACAUUUUUCAAGCAUGCCGCUGAGCCGGUGUACCGUCUCAUCAAGACUCCAUCGGCUGCUGCGCCGGCUGCUGCUGUUGAGUUUCAUGGCAAGUCCCCAUCUGUUCAGCAACCACCAAGAGAAAGAGGCGAGAGUUAA